CUGUUUACCCAAUACCUCCACAUAUGUGUUUAUUUUAUGCUGACGUGUAUUAAAGUAAAGUAAACGUAGCUGUCAUUCGUUGUAAGAUACGACCUUCGGGUAUUUCCGUAAUUGGUCGGCAAACGUUGAGGCGCACAGUCUCCUGCCUUUCUUUAAAAUGAAAGGUCUUUCCAAUUUUAUCUUUGCUGUCAUCAUUUUUGCUGUUGUGAUAAUUAAUAUUGAAUCAGCACCAGUUGAUCCCAAAAAAUCAACUGAGAAACCUUCAGAUGCAAAUGGAGUUGGAGAUGCAGCAGGUGAAACUGGAUUAGAAUACAAUCGAUAUCUCCAGGAAGUAGUGCAACUACUGGAAAGUGACCCUGACUUCAGACAAAAACUAGAAAAAUCUGAUCCUGAAGAUAUUAGGACAGGGAAAGUUGCCAAAGAGUUGGAGUAUGUGAAUCAUCAUGUAAGAAAUAAGUUGGAUGAAUUAAAGAGGCAAGAAAUGGAAAGAUUAAGACAUCUUGCAAUGGAAGAAUAUGAAAGGUCCAGAGGACUUGGAAUCCCUCAUGAUGGCAGGCUGAAAAUUCCAGGCCAUUUAGAUCAUAAAAGUCCUUCUUUUGAGUCUGAAGAUUUGAGAAAGCUUAUUGUCCAGACCUCAAAGGAUUUGGAAGAAGUUGACAAACAGAGGAAGGAGGAAUUUAAAGAAUAUGAAAUGCAGAAGGAGUUUGAACAUCAGAACAAACUGAAGGGUCUUGAUGAAGAGAAAAGAAAAACAGAAGAAAAGGCAUGGGAAGAAGCACAAGCAAAACAUAAACAGCAUCCCAAAAUGCAUCAUCCGGGUAGCAAACAACAAUUAGAAGAAGUGUGGGAAGAACAAGACCAUCUUUCACCUGACAGCUUUAACCCCAAAACUUUCUUUGCUUUGCAUGAUUUGGAUGGCAACGGUUAUUGGGAUCCUGAUGAAGUCAAAGCUCUUUUUAGCAAAGAAUUGGACAAAGCUUAUGAUCCCAAUGCUCCGGAAGACGAUAUGGCUGAACGCUACGAAGAAAUGGAAAGGAUGCGCGAACAUGUCUUCAAUGAAACAGAUACUAACCGAGACUACCUAAUUUCAUUUCCCGAGUUUUUAGAGCAGACUCGAAAACAGGAAUUUGAGCGUGAUCCUGGUUGGAACACGAUUGACGAGCAGCCAGUGUACAGCCAGCAAGAAUACAUGGAUUUUGAACAUCAACGGCAAAUGGAAAUCCAACGACUGAUUGACCAAGGAAUGCUACCUCCACAUCCUGGUAUGAUGCCAAACCAUCCCGGAAUGCCCAACGUGCCUUAUGGUGUAGCACCUGGUCAGUAUGCUGGUCAGCAACCUUACUAUCCUUCUCCUGUUGCUCAGGGGAAACCGAUAACUCCUGAAGAGGCGAUUAGAAUGCAACAACAGCAGUAUGCACAACAACCUCAGUUUGCUCCGCAGCAACAAUAUUAUGGACAACCACAGUUCGCUCAGCAACAGCAAUAUGCUGGUCACCCACAACAACAGUUUGCUGCUAACCCACAAUAUGCUGCUCAGCCGCAACAGCCUCAAUUCGCUCAGCCUGGACAGCAGAGUUUCCAGCAACCGGCUCAGCAACAACAACAGAAUUUCCAACAAGCAUCUCAGCAACAACAACCGAUUCAACAAGUACCACAACAACAGCAAAUCCCUGCUCAGCAGCAACCUCUUGUCCAACCGCAGGUUCCAGUCCAACAGCAGGCCCCAAUUCAAUCGCAACCGGUUGCACCCCCGCCUGCCCAACAGCAAAUACCAGCUGCAAAAACUGUUUGAUGACAUAAAUUAAUUGCAUUUCAAUUAUCAAACAAAUUGCUUGUCUUAUAAUAUUUUACGAAUCGACGAAAAUACAAUUAUUAAAACAAA